ACGUAAGCACACGUACUGAUUGACGAUUAUCAAAACUUGAAAGAACGUGGUGAAAUAAUUUACUAAAUCCAUCUUUGCUGGGCGGAAAUAACGUUUGACCUAAGCGUUCUGUUUCUUUUUUUCUCGCGGGUUGGCAAGACAGGUCAGUUAGAAAAGUCGUUUUUUUUUCCUGCGGAGGAGACUAGCUCGCAGUUUACGUCAAAAUUCCCUAGGUAACGGGUCAUGUUUUCCUGCAGUGGUUAAAUAGCUGUGAUAGUUGCUAAUACCCCGCAUUAACGAAACGGACGGACAGCGACGAUUCAGCCUAUUAUUCCGACAUGGGACUUGGCGGCUCAAUGUUUUACGAGAAUCCGCUGAAAAGCUAAACUCUCUAAAACCGCGAUAUCCUGAAUACUGAAGGGUUUUCCUUCUCGCUCAUACGGCAGGACACUUCGGCCUCCGGCUGACCUAUCACAUGUGUCAAGCCGCAUAAAGAGUCCGGAAAGAGUUGACCAACGCGACAUCGGCAUGAAAAGCCCGCGGCAUUAAAUGCACGCGGAAGCCGCUUUAAGGCAAAGACUGGUACCUAAUUUAACUCGACCCAGUCUUCAGUCAAGACAAAGGCGGUUGUUUUCGAAUGAGAUUUUGUCUUUAGCUUCUCUUCAGCACGAUCGCAGUGAAGUAAAUUACUCACCAUUGCGAACUUUAAAUCCCUGCAGCCACCAGAUAGGAAUCCACCUUUUCAUCUAGCAUAUGUAAUCACGAUUAAGAAGGAUCGGCAACAGACAAGCGUUAAAGAGCCUGAGAACAGACUACGCUGAAACAAAAAUGGCGACCGCGACUAUGGAUCCCGUGCGUGUUGGUGAUGUAUCGUUCUACGAUCGUUAUGGCUUUGCUGUGUAUAAUCCAGAAUCAGAACUUGCGGGAGAAGAUUGCAGAACUCAUGAAUACAACGAACAAUCCGAUGGGGAAUGUUCCAAAACAAGACAAUUUUGGGCAAAGAUGCUUGAAAAUUGGGAAGAAAAUCAGCUCUUUUCUCCAAAGCAGUUGCGGCACUUCAUUAAACUGGGAAUACCAGAUGGCAUGAGAGGAGAAGUUUGGAACAAGAUGAUUGGUAGUCAGGCUAUCAAGGUUAUCUCCUCAUUUGAUUAUCAGGCCUGCUUAACCAAGAUUCGCCAACACCUUGUUGACCUGGGAGUCAGUGAAUAUGGAGGGACAAACUGUAUUUCAAGACUGGGGCAGAUUGUUGGAUCACUGAUUGAUAACAAAAAAGAAAACAUGAUGAUGAUAGAUAGCCCUGAUACUGCCAUCAUGACAAGACAGUGGAAAAAGAAACUUCAAAAACAGAUCUCUGUCUUCAGACAGAUCAUGCUAGAUAUUGGUAAGUAAAUGGCCCAUAAAAUUUCACCUUGUACCUCCAACCCUCAACACAGGGGUUUCAAAAUGUUUUGAAGUAGGCAUCUGCAGUUGGAAGGGUAGGUAGCUAUGACAAGUUAAGGGCCUCAAGGCCCCUCAUCCUACAAUGCGAAGGGCGCAAAAUACAGCAGAUGCUUUGAGAUUUCCUUUUAAUAAGCUUGCUAUUGCAUACAAAAUUGAGUGUGAAGUUACUCUGCUGUCUUAAAGAUUUAUUGAUUCAGAUAAGACACAAUACCAAGCUUGUUCUUCACAAGCUGAUUGCUAUAAUCAGAGUAGCUGGCGAUAUAUUUAAGCAAAAGAGCACUUUUUCCCUGUUUACAUAGCCUUAUUUAAAUACAAGGAAGGUUGGGAGAAUUUGAAAAUUCUCCCAGUUG